AUGGAAAGAAGAAUUGGUUCUACCACUUUGCUAGAUGAACCGUUCGAGUGGUUAGACGAUAGUAGUCUAGAGGUGUUUGCAGCCGCAAUUGAGGAGGACGAAGCUGAAAGUUCUAGGUCAAGGCACAAAGUCGUCAACCGUGACCGUUGGGCCGCUUCACAAAGGUUGCAUCGCGACAACUUUUGUGAGGAACCCAAAUACGAUAGUGAUUUUUUAGAGGAUAGGUACCGCAUGCCUAAACACUUGUUUUUAAAAAUCGUUCGAGAUCUUGAGGUGAGAUGCUCCUAUUUCCAGGAGUUAUACGAUGCUCGACUGAAAAAAAGUUUCACACCUAUUCAAAAGUGUACAUCUGCAAUUAGGCAACUCGCAACCAGUAAUACGCCAGAUGAGUACGACAAGUACUUAGAGAUGGCACAACGAACAUCACGUGAAUGCCUACAAAUGUUUUGUGACGCUAUUGUCCAGACGUAUGAUACAGAGUUUCUGCGUAGCCCUACAACCCAUGAUAUACUACGGUUAUAUGAAGCGCACGAAGAGAGACAUCACAUCCUCGGGAUGAUCGGCAGUCUAGAUUGUACACACUUGGCUUGGAAAAUGUGUCCAAACGAGUUCAGGGGUCACUAUAAGCGGGGAGAUCAUGAACACCCCACUAUUAUGAUGGAGGCGACGGUGUCUCAAGAUUUGUGGAUAUGGCAUGCAUUCUUUGGUCCUACAGGUUCACUAAACGACAUCAACGUUUUGCAACAGUCUCCCUUGUUCCUCCCUGAGCGUAUGGGCAUUGCGCCUAACUGCCCAUUCGCUGUUAAUGGGCAUACGUACAAACGUGGCUACUAUCUAGUCGAUCGAAUAUAUCUUGCGUGGUCUACGUUUGUUAAGGCGUACAAAUAUCCUAUUGAUCCGAAAGAAAAAAUGUUCAAAAAAGCACAAGAGCCGGCUCGCAAGGAUGUUGAACAGGCUUUCGGUGUUCUGAAGCAAAAAUAG